UUUGACGCAGGUCAUUAACAGCUGCCUGGUUGCUAGACGACUACAAUCUGCAACACUGAUGUGAAAACAGUCACCUCUGCGCGGAAAGAAAACAACAUUUUAACGGAUAUUCAUGAAGAUAUGAUCACCAGCGUGUAUCACAGCAUCACCGGCUCGUUCACUUGGAGAAUACGUAGUGUUAAUGUGGACGAAAUAUCCGAGUAGUAGUUUAGCUAACGUCUCUUUUGUUGCUCCAUGUUUUUACUAACGUUAACUAGCAAGAGAGGAGACCUGGUAUAGCGCUGUUUGACUCGUUAAGAAACGAUGAGAAGGUUAACGAACACACGGAGAAAGUCAAGUUCUCCAACUUAACGUGACUGUUUUGCUCACCAGCUAUGUUUAGAUCUACUGCUAAGAUGUCUCUGGAGGAGAGUGAUGAAGACUGUGAGGAGCUGGUUGUGGAUGGGUUCUCUUUCUCUGCUGAUUUUUUGGAAAAGCAGAGAACAAGGAGGAAGAGACCUUCUAGCAAGCCUCCUCCUUCUCCAAGGUCUCCAUACCUCUCCAGUAUGAGUGUGAAACCCAGAAGAGCAGCAGUGGCAGCCUGGAGACUGCCGAGAGCCUCCCUUGGGGACACCAGAGGGGACACUCCUGUGGAGAGUGGCUCAGCUCGCCUCACAUCCCUCAGCAACGGCCAUGAUUUGUCCCAGACGCUGAGAUCAGAGUGUGAUGUCACACCAGAGCUCCUCAGACAGACGUUGAGCAUGAGGAAACACAAACAUCUCUCUGGAUCCAACGGCUCCACCCUCAGCCCAGGUGACUACAGAGAGAAGGAGGACAUGUAUGAUGAGAUUAUUCGCCUCAAGAAGAUUCUCCAGGCACAGAAGUCUGACAACCAGCAACUGAAAGCCAAACUACGCCGCCUGGAGGAAGAUAACGCUAAAAGAGAGAGACAGAUAGAAGAACUGUUGGAUCCCACUAAAGGAUCUGAAUAUACUCGUAGUUUUGUGGAUAAGAAAAAAGAAGGGAGUGUGGUUCUCAAUGGGCUGAAACAGAGGAUCCUGAAGCUGGAGCAGCAGUGUAGAGAGAAAGAAAAUGCCCUGAGUAAACUACAAAGUGAGCUGAGGACCACCAACCUGGAGGAGCUGAAGAUCACACUAGAAAGCUAUUAUGACGAGAUCCAGAGGCUGAGGAUCCUUCUAGCAGCUGCAGAGAAAAGUAAUCGAGCAGACAGUAAAUGCUCCCAGAGGCAGCUGAAAGUUUUAAGCACCACGGUUCAUCGUCUGUCUGAGAACCUGAAGCAGCUCCAACAGGAGAAUGCGGCGCUCAGACAGGAGCUCGACACCGACAGUCCUGCAGGAGGAAUCAAAGGUUACAGAGAGUGGAGUAAACAGAGACUGUUGAGAAGGCUGUUGGAGGUGGAGAAGAGGCUGGACGACAGCAGAAGACACGCCCAGUCAGCCAAACGCAGAGGCCGAUUGGACCAGGAGGUCCAGGCCGCGCUCACGGAGAUUCUGGGGUUUACCAUGGCAACAGAGGCAGGGGUCUCCGUGGGAACGAUCACUGAGAAAAGGGAGGAGGUUUGUGAUCUGAGAGAAUGCCUCGGGCAACUGGAGAAGGAGAGGGUGGAGCUUCAAGAGACGCUGUCAAGUAAAGAUGAUGAAUUGAGACAUUUUAGGACGGAAAGAGAAGAAUUGGAGACGGAGACAGAACGAUGGAAAGCUGAGCAGACAAAUGAGCGGGACAAAGAGAGACAGCAGCACAAACAGGAGCUGGACCAGUUGUGCGCGAGGAUCCAAACUCUGGAAGACAGAAGUAAACCUGCACAAGCGGAGCUCUCCUCUCUCUCAUCACUGGAGAUUCAUGAGGACUUUCAGACUGGUGCAGGUCUGGAGGAGGGAGAAGAGAGGGACACUGGAGGUGAAGAAGAGAAGGAGGGGGAAGGAGAUGAAAAACUGGGUACAGAUGCAGAGAAUAAAGAGAGAGAGAAAGCAACGUUGGUCAUCCAGACAAAGUGGAGGAAGCACAGAAACAGGGACAUUGUGAUGUUGCAGUCUGCGUUAAGAGGUCAUCUCCUCAGAGAGUCACAGCUCAAGGACCUGCUGAAAGAUGCACAGAAUAAGGCCGUAGAGGCAAAAAACAGUAGCCGCGAUGUUGCAUCCUCCGUAGAAGGAGGGCUGGAUGUGGUUGCCUUGACAAUGGUACAGUCUGCAUUCAGGGGACACUUGGCUCGCUGUAGCCAUGCAAUAGAGAGCUCGGGGUUCUCUAUGUCUUCUCUAAUGGGAAACAAUUUGCCCACACUGGUACCAAGAAGAGCUCGCUCAUCACACGCACCCAGCAGAACAGGUGCUGCAUCUCCCCAUAGAGACGGUGAAAAUCAGGGAGAGAAAGGAGACCACUCGCUUGUCUCUAGCACUCACUCUUCCAGGAUGACGCCCACAACAGUCCAAACAGAGCUUCACUGCUCAGCUGAGUCUGGUGGAGCCGCUGCAGUUGAUUCUGACGAUUCAGAUGACAUCAUCGUAUCUCCGUCACGUCCUCUGAGAAGCAGAGAAGUCUUAAUGUUAUAGACCUUCUAGGUUGUGUGUGUGUGUGUGUCUGUGUGUGUGUGUGUGUGUGUGUGUGUGUGUGUGUGUGUGUGUGUGUGUGUGUGUGUGUAUGAGAGAGUGUCUGCAGGAAGAAUUGUUUCUACUCAGAGCCUGUAUGUCAGAGACGCGCGCAGUCAUACAGUACCAACUCUUUAUUGUUUGGGUUCUUAUUGAACCUGCAAAUGAGAGCUGGAAUAUUCCAAUAUUAGUCAGGAUAACAUUGAACAUACACAAUGAUUGCUGUCUGCAAAGCGCUUUUUUU